AUGCAAAAAAACAUCCGAAAUCGUAUUUUCCUAGCAAAUUUAGACCAAUAUGAUUGUCAGCAUAUUGCAAAUCAUUUCUCACAAUCCCUGGUAUCAAGUGCAGAGAAAGACGAAGACAAUGAAACUUUGGAAGAAGAAACUGUCAUGAAGGAAGCAAUUAAUGGAGGCGAACGCUAUGAAGUAUGUGGAACUCUCAGUUCUCCUUCAGCUGAAAAACCCGGUUUCGUGAAAGAAAUAUUUAAGAACGAACGUCGAAAAGACCUGUAUGAUCGUGUGAUUACGUGUGAUUAUAUUGUGUACAACAUCAAAGAUGACGAAAAUUUAAUUGACGAAGCAAUGUGGAUGCUCGAGAAGUUGCAUGAAAACAUGGACCAGUAUCAGCAGCAAAAAAUAUUCGUUCUGUUAUCCACCGUCCUCACCUGGGCUAGAAGUGCCCCACUGGAUGAAAAAGACCCAGAUCUUCCAUUCACAGAUGAAGAUUAUGCAAGGCGUAUUGCUCAUCUCAACUUUCGUGAACAUAUUCAGGCUGAAAAAACCACCAUUCAUUUGGGGAAAACAAACAAAUUCAAAUUGUUAACCUACGUCGUGGUUGCUGGUGUGACAUACGGGGAAGGGCAAAAUGUACUACAUCCCUUUUUCAAGGACGCAUGGAAUAACAAACAGGUGCUGUCCGUACCAGGAAAUGGAGAGAAUAUUGUUCCCACAAUUCAUGUCAAAGAUCUUGCUCAUAUUAUUCAAAUGGUUGUGGAAUUUCGUCCGAAGAAGCACUAUGUCAUUGCCAAAGAUGAGUCUCAGAAUACAUUGCAGCAAAUCGUCAAGGCAAUCGCUAGAAGCAUGACAACGGGUAAACUCACGAAUAUCCCGGUAGAGGAGGCUUUUCUGAACGGAGAUUUUUCGCAAAAUCACCUGGAUCAUUUGCUUGUCAAUAUAAGAAUGGAAGCAGGACUGGUAGGUGAACUUGCUCGUUUUCGGUGGCACUGUGAGAAUGGAAUCGUGGAAAAUAUUAAACAAAUUGUGCGUGAAUUCAAAUUGGCCAGAAAACUUGUGCCAAUACGCUUGUGUAUUCUGGGUCCUCCUGCAAGUGGCAAGACAACACUAGCAAAGCGUCUGUGUGAGUACUAUAAACUGCACCAUGUUCAUAUCAAGGAUGUGGUUGAGUCAUCUAUAGCCGCUUUGAAAAGAAGGAGUGAAAUGGCCGCCAUUGCAGCAGCAGCUGCGGCUUCCCAACCCUCCAAACCCCGAAGUCCAAAGCUAGCUGUGCCAGAGGGUGCAGAGGAAGAAGGAUAUGCACUAGCUGAUACAGAGCUCCUGGAUGCAGUGCUACAGAAUAUGGAAGAGAAUAACGGCCGACUGACCAAUGAUUACAUCAGCGAUUUCUUCCGUCGAAAGCUCCAUUCGAAAGCCUGUGAAAAUCAAGGUUACAUAAUUGACGGCUAUCCAAAGAGUAGAAAACAGGCAGAAGCUCUGUUCUCAGGUGUCACAAGUUUCACUGAUGAGGACGAAGAAGCAGAAGAAGGCAACGAAGUCGAAGAAGGAGAAGAGUUAAAGCUCAAAGAUGACAGUACACUGACACAAACUGAGCUGUUCGCGAAAGAAUAUUUGAACACCGGUUUCAAUGUUGUGGAUGUCCAUGGGGAGCCGAUUCGUCUGCCAACUCAACCAAUUCCAAACCAGCUACCUAAGGGUUUAUUGCCGGCAUACGUGUUUGAACUGCAAGCCUCGGAUAAAUUCCUUCGAGAUCGGAUUAUGAAUAUGCCAGAGAGUAAGGUUCAAGGAACACACUACAACGAGGCUGGGCUGCUACGGCGGUUGAACGAGUACCGUGUAAACCAACUGGGACUUAGUCCACUCAAUCCAGGAAGCUGGAUCGCCCCUGAUCCUGAUGCAGAAGAGAAUGGAACAAGCAAGGUUCCACUGAAUAAGCUAGCACUUGCAAGCAUCAACGAGAAUUCAAUCAGGGCUUACUUCGACUCCAAGGGAGUUCCCCAGAUCCCUGUAGAUGUGAUGGGCGAUGAAAAUGAGAAUCUGGAAAGUACGUUUCGAAAAAUUGUUCAUUUUAUUGGUCCUCCUCGGAAUUAUGGACUUACACCAGAGGAACAACUCGAGCAGGAACAAAAAGCUAUCAUGGAGCGUAUGGAAAGGGAACAGAUUGAACAACAGCGAGUUCAGAUGGAGGCAGCUGAAGAAGAGUCCAAGAGACAAAAGUUCCAGGAGGAAUGGAAAACAAAACGGGAGGCCAUGGAGAAACAAGAGACUGCGCUGUUGGACAAAGAAUCGGAGCCGUUACGUGCCUACCUGAGAAAACACGUGAUGCCCGUUCUCGCACAGGGUCUAACUGAAUGUGUGCGCAGAAGACCUGAGGAUCCCAUAGAUUUUCUUGCUGAAUACCUGUUCUUCCACAACCCUCAAGUGGAUUAGACAAAAACGCUGAAAACCCACUUCCUCGUUCAGGAUAGACGUGCUUCGCAGGAGACGGGCGGGGACGGCAUCACACUAGUCGAGUGCUACUCAUACACUAUCUUUC